GUCCAAACCCCUCGUCAAAACUUCACUCACUUCAUCACUACUCUACUACUGCGCUAUAUAGUGCCUUCCCAUUUCCCUUCAAUUCACUCCAACAAAAAACAAAACAAAACUGAUCUUCAAACUAACAAACCUUACAUAUAAUCAUAUUCUCCACGCGCCAUGUAUGGAAACUACAGCAAUCCAUUCCCACGCGCCGCCGAUCCCCAUGUUGAGUGGGCGUUUCAUGGGGUGCCGUACCAUCCCCAGCUGGAGGAAGUACCGGAACAGCCCCUAGUGUUGGAAGCGGGGGUGAGUAACAGCAGUAGCAGCGGGUGCAGCAGCUACAGCUCGCCGAGUUCGCUCGGAUCGGCGGGGGCUCAGCGGCCGAGUAUUAUUCAGCGCAGCGUCAGCAGCCAUUCCCUCCAGAAGAGUGGCACCCACCGAGUUCUUUCCUCAGUGGCCGAGUUGUUGAUCGACUCACAGUCACAGACCAGCCCUGUCAGGAGGGUCUACAGUACUGGGGACUUGCAGAAUAAGCAGAGAAUUAACAUGAUGCAACAUAGUUAUCGAUCAUCAGCUGAAAGCCCAAUAUCGAGCGAGAGUAAUGCAAUCAUCGAAGGGAUGAGCAAAGCUUGUCGUUACAGCCCAGAAGAGAAAAAAGAGAGAAUUGAGAGGUAUAGAAGCAAGAGAAACCAGAGGAACUUCAACAAGAAGAUUAAGUAUGCAUGUAGGAAAACAUUGGCAGAUAGCAGGCCACGCAUAAGGGGACGAUUUGCAAGGAACGAAGAAAUAAUUGAAAGGAAUUCUGAUCAAAUAGCACAAGACGAGUGGAGCCAUAUUAAUGGGAUUGAAGAGGAAGAUCAAUAUAAUGAAGACGAUGAUGAGAAUUGGAUUAACUUACUUGAUGCUUUCUCCUCAAAUUUGAUUCCUAAUUAAUCCACCUAUCAAGCUAAACAUAUAUAUAUAUAUAGUCGAGGGGAAUUUAAGACUAAUUAAUUAUAUCUUUAGUCUGUCCUUGAUCGAUCUUCGAUCGAAUGUUAAUUAUUAUUAUUAUUAUUAUUUCAUAUGGAAUAUGGCUGUGUACGUACGUAAGUAAUGCAAGUAGUUUUUCUAGUACUCAUGCCGUUAUUUUAAUUUGGGCUUGUAUGAUGUACUUAAUUUAAGCUAAAUUAAUUGUUUAGCUUUAAGUUAGUGAUAAUAUAUGUGUAUAUAUAGCUGAUAAUUGUGUUUUUACAGUUAAUGACAAGUCAUUGUCAGUUUCAAUGGUACUGAUCAAGCUUGUGCAUUAUUUUCUC